GAGGAGCCAGCCGUGUUCUUCUGCUCUUCUUCGAGUGUGAGUGUAACCACUCCUAUUGCGUUCUUUAUUUCAGCCAGUGUUUCUCUUGGAUCGGUUAACCAUCUCUCUCACAAAAAAAUAUGCCAUCUCAUCCUAGAUUCCACCGGAGAUGGGUCGCAAGUGGAAGAGUACAGCGCAUGGAAAGACUCCGACGUCGGAGGGCCGUCCUUGCCGCAAGUCGGUGGCGGCGCCCAGUCCAGUUGCCGCAGAGGCGCCGGAGCCGGCGGCGGCGUUCAACGCGAUGGAGCCACAUCAUCAGCGAAAAGGAGGACCAGGGCCACUCAAACAAGCCCGCAGUGCAGGCGCGGUAUCUUUAGCGAAGGAAAAGGUGGUGAAGCUCGACUUCGAUGUUUCGAUGAGGGUGCUAAACUGCGACAUGUGCCAUGGCCUCCUCAAGGCUCCCAUCUUCCAGUGCUCCCUUCUGCGGCAUGUCGCGUGCAGGUCCUGCAGUGAAUGCCACGGCGGUAAGUGCCGUCCUUGCGCAGACUUGGCUACCACCGCCGUCUACGUCCAGAGCUCCUACCUGGAUACCCUGUUCGGCCACAUCAAGCUCAAGGAGGCCUGGCCAUACAAAAAGUACGGCUGCACAAGCUCCAUCCCCGUAGGCGAAGGCGACCCGGCAGCCGCAUGGGAGCUGGAGUCCUGUUGGUUCCGGCCGUGCCCUUUCAAGGGCUCGCCCGCGGACCUCGUGCGGCACCUUACGGGCCGGCACGCCUUGGCCGCACACAAGUUCACAUAUGGCCAGGACUACAUAUACGACAGCGACGAGAUGGAUUCCUCGCUGGUGUAUGCCGACGAGAUGGGUUCGUGGACGGGGUGCGAAGAACUCCUUGUCGGGGAGGAUGGUGGCGUGUUCCAUUUGAUGGCGGACCUUACAGCGGACUUCGAGCAGUUCCCCUUCCCCUUCGUGGCCCUUCUGUGUGUGAGGAAUAGCGCUGCCGCUGCCGCUGCCGCUGGGCCGGUGUACAGCUACUCGGUCGCCGCCGUGGAUGCCCCUCCCGCUGAGAGGCGCAAGCUGAAGCCGGAAAUCAAGGAGGUGGUGGUCGGCCCGGACUGGAAGAUGAAGCGUGACUGUUUCCGCCUGUUUCCGGCGAUGCUGCGUGAGGGGAAGAGUGUCCUUGUGCGCAUCUGCAUUAGCAAGGCCGAGAGCAGCAGCGGGUCAUGCUAAUGCUAAGUAAUCUUUGCGACUGUGAAGACGGGAUAUUUCAGGCAUCAUGAAUGUGUGAUUUCGUAGAAUUCUGCUGCUCCAAGUUAGAGAAAUGUGUGUUUUGUAUUCUUGAUGAAAGACUUGAACUUGCUCUCUCUUGUUGGCCUGCUCGAUGUCUACACUGUGAAAAGUGAAACGAUGCGUGUUUCCAACAUGAAGUGAUGAUUGCCUCUGCUUUUCCUCCA